AUUUUUACAAAGGCAAGCAGACGGCAUUUUUCGUUGCAUGUGAAAAGUUUUUCACGUUUAACGUACUGAUAUCUUAGAGUAAUAGUUUUACCACCCGGCAAAACAAAAAGUGAAUCAUGUUACCCCUGUCGUUAUUGCGUACGGCGCAGAAUCACCCCAUGUUAGUAGAAUUGAAAAAUGGAGAAACUUACAAUGGUCACUUAGUGAGCUGUGAUAACUGGAUGAACAUCAAUUUACGAGAAGUCAUUUGCACAUCCAAGGAUGGUGACAGGUUCUGGAGAAUGCCAGAGUGCUAUAUAAGAGGUAGUACUAUUAAGUACCUGCGCAUUCCAGAUGAAGUUAUUGAUAUGGUGAAGGAAGAAGUUGUGGCCAAGGGUCGUGGUCGCAGUGAUGGCAAGGGUAGAGGUGGAGCCCAAAGAGGCAGAGGUGGUAAUAGAGGUUCUUUUGGAGCAUCUAGAGGUCGAGGUGCACCGUCGGGACGAGGAGGUGGAGGCGGUACCAACAAACCCCGUGGAAAGUAAAUCCUUAUUGUCAGAUGGUUUUUUUCCAAAUAUCGUCAGGUUUUCAUUUUCGCGCCACUUGCGGUCGUGACAGAGGCAGAAAAGCACAUAACUCAUACCUUGUUGUUCGCGUUUUUUCUGUCAAAUUUGUAUUUUGCUAACUCACACCCGAACAAUUAAUGUCGGAGAAAUA